AUGUCUCGGGUGCGACAGGCUGCCAAUCCCUCCCAUACCCGAACCGCUACUGAACCUGCCCAAGAAUCAGCUGCUCGUCUUUCAGGGACCCUUCGGUUGAGGGGUGACGAUACGCCCACCGUCGCUCCAGAACCCUCGGCGGCUCGACGUAUUCGAUGGAGUGAGGAUGUAGUGGACAACGAAGGCAUGGGGAAGAAAAGCUCUAAAGAGCCCGGCCCGUGGGAGAAAGCAGUUCAGAAUCUGAAUCUUCCGACUCUAGCUCCGACUCUGAUAGUGACAGCGAAGUCGAUCGUCGAAGGCAACGAACACGCCGUGCCAACCAUUCACAUUCCCGAGGAAGAGAAUCACCCGCAGAAGGGUCCCCCCCGGGACGAAGCGUCGGGUGACUGUUGUUCGCGUCAUCAUCGCCAUGCGCGUUCCAAGCCAAAACGAAAGCCCAGUCCGAAUGCAUAUGAGAAAAUGCCCAAGCCCUCCAAAAACAAACCCCGAGAUGCUUGA